AUGCACUCCCACUCGGGCGAGUUCUGCCCGGGCCAUGCCAAAGAUCAACUCGAGGAGAUUGUAAAGCAAGCUGUCUCUGUUGGUUACAAGACCAUUGGUUUCACAGAGCAUAUGCCGAGAUACGACUUGCGUGAUCUGUAUCCUGAAGAGCUCGAAAACCCUCAGGCCGCGUUGGAGGCCCUCCCACCUCGCCAUGAGUCAUAUCUCGUCGAGGCACAGCGUCUACGGCACAAGUAUGCCUCGCAGAUUCACGUCCUCAUUGGCUUUGAAGCCGAAUUCAUCCGGUCUAGCUGCGCAACACAUGUUCGCAGACUGGCAGAGCACCCCAUCGUCGACUACUUCAUUGGCUCAGUGCACUACGUCCACAACAUGCCAAUUGACUAUUCCAAGGAGAUUUUCCUGACUGCGCAGGGAAAAAGCAGCCGGGGGACGGAAGAGUCACUUUACGAAGAUUACUACGAUCUACAGUAUGAGAUGCUCACGGAGCUCAAGCCACGAGUAGUGGGCCAUUUUGAUCUCAUUAGAUUAAUGAGUGAAGAUCCUGAAAGGGAUCUCAGGCAGUGGAAGGGCGUUUGGGACCGCGUGUUGAGGAACUUGACACUUGCAAAGGAGCAGGAUGGCUGGCUUGAGGUCAACAGUGCUGCGUUGCGAAAGGGUCUCGCAGAGCCGUACCCCGGUAGGCAAAUUGCUGAGGAAUGGAUCAAAAUGGGCGGCAAGUUUACGUUCUCAGACGACAGUCAUGGUAUCGCUCAAGUCGCUACCAACUACGCUCGCACAGUCACUUAUCUUGAGAGCCUGGGCGUCAAGGAAGUGUGGACUCUAAAGAGGUCAUCCCACACCUGCAUUAAGGGGUCAGAGAAAGCGGUCGUCGAAGAAGUCAGUGUGUCUUUGAGCGAGUUCCGCAAGAACUUCCCAUAA